AUUUUCCCGACCAACUACUCACAACUGAGUACAUAUAUGUACGGAGUACUCCGUACUACUAUGUGCAUACUUCCUGAAUCGCCACCAUACUUGUUAUACGCUAUCUAUCCAUUGCUACGGUGUCUCUUCCGUCCGCUUUCUGGUCCUAGCUACCAAGAAAAAGAACAAAAAAAAGAACAAAAAAGAAAAAGAAAAAAAAAAAAACCGAGCACCCCAAAUCUCAGUCGGAAGGUUCAAAAACUCUUGGUGCGUUUAACUAGUCUGAUACUCUGGUUGAUGAUGUCUCUCUGCUCCACUUGUCCAACCCAGACCCUGGAAGGUGGGUAAAGGUACAGUACUCCGUAUUGUUGGGGCCUCCAGGGUAGACAGAACGGAAUGGCGUAAUACCCCACUCUCAAGUGAACGGUCGGUU